AUCUACAUCAAUGGGUUUUAUUUGUAAGUAUAAACUUUUUGCUUUCGCUUUUAAAUCUCUUCUGGUGUAUUAUGUUUGUGAUAAAUUGUACGGCUGCACAUUGUAUUUAUUAUUUUGUAGUCAGAGAUGUUUUAUCCAACUCGAAGGGGAGCCUCAGACAGAAGUUGGAAGAUAUUUUUAAGUUGAUGCUUUUGGUAUGGUGCCGACAAUGUCAAGUAAAUCGACUGGUUGCUGUGGAACCAUGUGAAAGCGACAAGACUGUAAUUGUGAGACGAGGCAAUGAAGAGUUCGGUUUUAGGAUCCACGGGAGCAAGCCAGUCGUCGUGUCAGCGAUCGAACCAGACACACCCGCCGAGACUUCCGGCCUGGAAGUCGGGGAUAUAGUGAUAGCUGUUAAUGGGAUCAAUGUUUUAGAUAAGACGCACUCCGAGGUAGUGAAGAUAGCACACUCGGGUUCAGAAAUUUUAGAAUUAGAUGUUGCUAGAACUUGCGAGGUGGUAGCGACGUUAGCUCACGAAGGCGGCCCCGCCGCUUUAUACUCUGGUUAUUUAUGGCGAGCGGCGCCUAUGAGACCUCACCACCCACCCCGAUGGACCAGACGGUGGUUCGUGCUGAAGAGGGACAACUGCCUGUACUAUUACAAAACUGAUUCGAGUAUCCACCCAGUGGGGGCGCUGAUGCUAGUAAACUACCAACUAACCGAAGAAGACUCGGGUCGACCGCACGGAUUCCGAUUGCAGCGCGGCGGCGGAACGAGGCUGCAACUCGCCGCCGAUACUGCCGAGGCGUCCGCUAGAUGGCGCGCUGUACUGGCCCACGCCAUAGACGCUAGUAAUCAGCGCGACGGUUGGUUAGAAGUGACAAUGAGGAAUAUGAAACUGCCACCGUCUUCGAUACCAAGGCCCGACUGCUUCGGAUACCUCAUGAAGCUCGGGUCCAAGUGGAAGUCGUGGGCGAAGAGGUACUGCGUGCUCAAAGACGCGUGCCUCUACUUCUAUAGCGAAGGGAACAGUAAAAGUGCUUUCGGCAUGGCGUGUCUACACGGCUAUAGGAUACAGACGUGUUCUCCAGGCGGUAAGAAGUACGCGUUCGAAGUUAUGCCGACGGAGCCAAAGCAACGACACUUCUACUUCCACACUGAAUCUGAAAUGGAUAGGAAGAGGUGGAUGGCAGCACUAGAAUACUCCAUAGAUAGAUGGAUGAAGGCCGGUUGACGACGACUGAACGCCAUUAGAGAUCAGUUCGAAUUCCUAUAAUCCCAACUUAUUAAAUUAUUUGUUUAUCUUUUUAUUUUUGUUUUUUAUUUAUGUUCUCCCUUUGUUUUGGUUGUAUUAUGUGAUUGCAAUGGGCGGAAUAUUAUUAUUAGUACAAGUUCCUUUUCGAAAUCAUAUCUUCUUCAGUUUUAUGUAUUGAUGAUAUAAGAACACUUGAAAUCUGCAAUCCAACAUGUAUCUACAACAGAAUUUACAGCAUUUUAACUUAAAUUUCUAGACUAGAAUGAUAACCAAUAAAUAGUUCGUGAAACAGACAUGUCUCAUGUACAUUUUCAAAAUAAUAAGUUAUAAAAAACAAUAAUGAUUCAAAUGAAAUAAACAAGACCAAGAUAAUAUUGAAGUAGAUGUUCCUCUUUUUAAAACGUGUAAUGAGAGACUUAGACGACAAAAAAAACAUGUUUAUUUUAUUUAGGGUAUAAUUUUUUUAACAAUAUUUUUUGAAUUACUUUUAUUAACGACCUCCGUGGCCGAGUCGUGUGUACACCGUGUUUCAAGGUGUCGCCUACUCGGGAGGUCCCGGGUUCGAAUCCUAGUGGGGGCAGAUGUUUGUGUGAUGAAUAUGAGCAUUUGCAGUCAUGGAUUUUUAAUAUGUAUUUCUAUAUAAAUAUAGUUAUUUAUGUAUCAGUAUAUGUAUUUUAUCCGUUACCCUAGUAUACCAUAUCAAAAGCCUACAGUGCUUACUUUGGGACUAGGCUUAUUAGUUUGAGUGUAGGAAAUAUUUAUUUUUGCAUUUACGAUCUGCCAUGAUAACGAAAACUGCAAGAAAUCGACGCACCGGCGCGUCCGCUGCUGUAGGAAACUAUUGGCGGCUCGAAGCGUACAUAUCUGCUUACUGCUUCGGCAACAAGUCAAAAAUGGUCAUUCACCAUAACAGAACUACCACCGUACUGGGUGAAAAUAUUGGAGCUUUUAUUACUGCUUUCUUACUAUAUUAUUCACCACAAACCGAAAAAUAUGUUUCUAUGUAGUUCUCGUAAAAAAUCCAGAGAUACACGAUUCACACUAGCGAGAGAGAAUCAUUUAUCUUGUACGCACAUUGUGUUGGCAUCGCGUCAGGUCGAAUAUGGGUGAUACGCAGUGAACAUGACAAGCAAUUUGACUUUUUUGUAAUAUCUAUUUCUCAAAGUUUUAUAUUUAUGCUGCAACUGACUGUACUGCCAAUUUUAACUUGGUUUUGGUAAUGGCGAACAAAUUCAAAUAGGUAAUAGCAUACUUCAACCCAAAAAAUAUUUGUGCUGUAGCACAAAAGGUUAUACUGGUCUAAUGCUUAGGCUCAUUUUGUAUUACAUGUUCUUCUUAAACCCGUGUAUUCAAUAACCUUUUUUGUGGUAAGGUAAUUUAUUUAUGUGUGAUUUCAAACGGAAUUUCCCGUCCUAAUUUAACAUCCAGAAUGAUUGUUUGAUUCACAGAAUUUCAAGGGUGAAUUAUUGAUGUAUAAAGUUAUAUUUAUUAAAAAUGUCUAUAAUUACAAAAAGGAUUGUAUUAAAAUUAUCGCAACGACGCAUCGAAGAUUAUAAGUACAUUUAUUAUUAAUGCUUUAACAGAGGUAUUCUAAAAUAGAAUAUACUUAAAUAUUAUACACAAUUAAAUAUCAGUAUUAUUGUAGUAUUGCAAAUAAUAACAGUGACAAAAAUAACGUUUUCAUUAAAACGGAUAAUGAUAUAUUUGAAUAAUAAAUCUGGUAAUAUAAAUAAAAUUGUACUGAUUAUUGAAAACAUAAUGCAAAAAUUUGCCCGAUUUAUCAAUAAAACAUAGAGGAGUAGGCAUUUAACCAAUUAUACGCAGAAAGUUAUUUCUGUUUUAUAAUAAUAUUUAGAGAUUUUGAUGAUUCGUCAUUUUAAAGACAUAAACUGAAGCCAAAAUUAUAUUCCUAUUAUAUUAUUACGUAGAAGAUAUGUUUAAAAUUAGGUAAACUUAGAUUAGAUAAAUAAUAAUAUUAGUUAAAAUGUUAACGCAACAUCACGUGGUGACUAUUACAGUAAGUAUGUGAGGUUCGAUCCAAUUUGUGAGGGACAAUUCUUAAAUGAACACAUAAUGUUGGUUUUAAAACUGUAACCUCUUCAAAUAUUUAUUAUUAAGUGAUUAUUGUCAGUGUUGUGAAUUUUCGAGAAAAGUGAAAAUAUUAAUUUAUUUGUAGUCUAAUAAAUAAUAAAGUAAGAUAUUUAUUAUUUACUUUCAUAUAGUUGUAAAUAAUUAUUUUAAAGGGGGGUUACAGAAAUUUAUAAUCGUUUAUCAGAGUCGAUGUGUAAUUUAAAAAUAUACAUAGAUAUCCAUAAGAUAGGUAUGAUAAUUAUAAUUAUUUCCCCUUUAGAAUGUGGUCCAUACUAGGUGACUUAAAAUUGUGCAUUAAAAGAAUGAUUAAAUGUGGAGUUAAAUCCACUUCGAAAGUAUGUAUAUAAAUAAUCACGUAAAGCUCAAAUAUAUUUAAAUAUAGAAGAAAAUAAAAAAAGACUUGAACGUAAACAGAAUCGUAAAACAAGCUUUUAGAUUAGCCUUGUAUAUUAGUGAGUGUUAUAAUAGACUAUUAUUGUAAUAUAAUUUUGUUUUAUAUAAUAUUAUUGCAAAUUUAUAAAUGCACGUUAUAAUGAGAAUUAUAAUUUAGUGUUUAUUACAUAAUUUAUAGAUUUAUCAACAUUUAAUGUUAUAUAGCGUAUAAAUGUGUUCAGUAAAUAAGUCAGGCAGAUUAUUAAAUUGUUGCUGGAUAUUAUUGUAUUCUUUAUAAAAAUACUUUUAAAAUGCAUAAUGAUAUAUGUAUGUUGAUUGAAAUUAAAAUACUCUAUUUAACUCAUAAUAAUUGCCAAAUUUCGUGUCAAACAUACCUAGUUGAAUUUGAUUUAACAAGUUGUUAAAUUGUAAUCAUUGUCAAAUCAAAAGACUAACAAGUCUAAAACCACGGCAUUUUUUAAUAUAUAUGUGACCGUAAUUAUAUUAGAUUUCGUUGUAAUAAAGUAUGAAAAACAAUAUCA